AUGCCCUUUCAGUCGCGUAUAUACACAACUAAAGUCCACGAGCGUCUCUCCGCCGACGAUUGCAUUCUAAACGCUACCUCAGGAGGGAACAUGCAAAGAAGCAUGGACCUCUUCACCGCCGUCUGUAACAACGCCAACUUCAUCGUCAACACGGAGAAAACAGUGGUUAUGCACCAACCGCCAGCUAACGUUGCCUACAACGCACCCCACUUCAACACGAACGGCGCCCAACUGCAAACCGAAGACACCUUCACCUACCUGAGCAGCACCCUCUCGUGCAGCAUCAAAAUCGACGAAGAAGUGGCCCACUGGAUUUCAAAGGCCAGUCAAGCCCUUGGUCGCUUGCAGAACACCGUCUGGAAUCGUCACGGUCUACACUUCAGCACCAAGCCCAAAAUGUACAAAGCGAUCAUUUUGCGGACGUUGCAGUAUGGAGCGGAAAUCUGGACGGCGUACAAGAGGCAGGCGCAGAAACACAACCACUUCCACUUCAAAUGUUCUUGGUAA